GGGGCCGGAGACUCACGCUAUCUCCACCCCGGCCCCACGAACGCGGGGCGCGGAGCCCGGGACCCCCGCGGAAGCUCCUGGGGAUCCUCCAAAAACACUGAGCGCGCGGCUCCCAGGACGUCGUCCUCCCCACUCCCCAUGUCACCCUGAAGCCGGGACUGGGCGUGGGCAGGGCGGAGUCCGGGGGUGGGGAAAGGGCCCCGGGGAGCCUGGGCCCACAGAGAUGUCGCCGCUACCGCUGUGGCCGCUGCUGCUGACCCUGCUCACCGCGGAGCCCUCGGGGGCCACCCUGAUCCGGGUCCCGCUUCGCCGAGUCCACCGGCCGCACGGCAUCCCGAACCCACUGCGGGCCUGGGGAGAGCCGGCGGAGCCUCCCGGGCUGGGGGUCCCGCCCCACGGGGACGGCCCCUUCUUCGUGCCGCUCUCCAAGUUCCUGAACGUGCAGUACUUUGGGGAAAUCGGGCUGGGAACGCCCCCACAAAACUUCUCCGUGGUCUUUGACACCGGCUCCUCCAACCUCUGGAUCCCAUCCAAGAGAUGCCACUUCUUCAGUCUGCCCUGCUGGUUCCACCACCGUUACAAUCCCAAAGCCUCCAGCUCCUUCCGGCCCAAUGGGACCAAGUUCGCCAUUCAAUACGGGACUGGGCGGCUGAGCGGGAUUCUGAGCCAGGACGAGCUGACUAUUGGCGGAAUCAACAACGUGUCAGUGACUUUUGGGGAGGCUCUGUGGGAGCCCAGCCUGGUCUUUGCUUUUGCCUCCUUUGAUGGGAUAUUUGGGCUUGGCUUUCCCAUUCUGGCCGUGGAUGGAGUUCCACCCCCGCUGGAUGUCCUGGUGGAGCAGGGGCUUCUGGACAAGCCCGUCUUCUCCUUCUACCUCAACAGGGACUUGGCAGGAGUUGAUGGAGGCGAACUGGUCCUGGGGGGCUCCGAUCCGGCUCACUACAUCCCGCCCCUCACCUUCCUGCCGGUCACCAUCCCCGCCUACUGGCAGAUCCACAUGGAGCGAGUGCUGGUGGGCACGGGGUUGACUCUCUGUGCCCAGGGCUGUGCUGCCAUCCUAGACACGGGCACGUCUCUCAUCACAGGACCCUCCGAGGAGAUCCGGGCCCUGCACAGGGCCAUCGGAGGCCUCCCCUGGCUGGCUGGCGAGCAUUUCAUUCAGUGCUCGAAAAUCCCAACGCUACCCCCAGUCUCCUUCCGCCUUGGGGGGCUCUGGUUUAACCUCACGGCCCAGGACUACGUCAUCCAGAUUUCUCGGGGCGGAUUCCCACUCUGCUUGUCCGGCUUCCAGGCUUUGGAUAUGCCUCCGCCUGCAGGACCCCUCUGGAUCCUCGGCGACGUCUUCUUAGGGGCCUACGUAGCGGUCUUCGACCGCGGGAGCGCAAGCACCGGCCCCAGAGUGGGGCUGGCGCGCGCUCGCGUCCCGGGUGCAGAGCCGGGAGGGGGCGGGGCCGCGCAGGCGCAGUUCUCCGACUGAUGCUCCUUCUAGAAGCUUGCGCGCCACGGGGCAGCGGAGAUCUGGCUUCCAGAGAAAUAUCCGAGAUUUCCAUUGAACGAA